AUGUUUGCCAGCACCGUUCAACAAGAGGACGGUACGCGUUGCCUAGCAACUGGUUGGGGUAAAGACAAGUUUGGCAAAGAAGGUCGUUACUCCACUGUACUUAAAAAAGUUGUUUUGCCUGUUGUAAGCCAUGAUAGAUGUGAGCAUUUACUUCGUAGUAAUACGUCUCUUGGAAAGUUAUUCAAUUUGCAUUCAACAUUUAUGUGCGCUGGUGGUGAGAAAGAUAAAGACACUUGUACUGGUGACGGUGGCAGCCCAUUAGCUUGUCCAAUGGACACAGAUCGGUUCGUUCAAAGUGCUAUGGUUGCUUGGGGUGUCGGUUGCGGGAAAGAUGGCGUCCCUGGCGUGUACGUGGAUGUUCAAACCUAA